AGAGUGCCGGUGAGAUCAGCUGAUCGAGAGAAGAGAAACAUCCCGGUCCUGGUCCUGGUUCUGGUCCUGGUCCCAGAUGAAGGGGGCCCGUCCGGUGGUGGAAGUGGUCCGGCUGGGUCUGGUCUCGUACCAGGAAGCCCUGCGGUUGCAGCAGGUCUACGUGGACCGGCACCGGUCGGGUCCGGCUCACGUCCUGCUGCUGUGCCAGCACCCGCCGGUCUACACCACGGGGAUCCGCCAGAAGCCCUACCCGCCCCCCCUGCUGGACCGCCUGCGCCUGCUGGGAGCCGAAGUCCACCGAACCAACCGAGGAGGACUCAUCACCUUCCAUGGACCGGGUCAGCUGGUCUGCUACCCGGUCCUGAACCUGGGCGCCUUCAAGAAGAGUGUGCGCUGGUACGUCUCAGAGCUGGAGAGGACGAUCAUCUCGGUGUGCAGCAGGUUCGGCAUCGAGGCGUCGACGUCUCCUCACACCGGAGUCUGGGUGGGAGACAACAAGAUCUGUGCUGUCGGGAUCCACUGCGGACGCUACGUCACGUCUCACGGCGUCGCUCUGAACUGUAACACCGACCUGUCGUGGUUCUCGCACAUCGUGCCCUGCGGCAUUGUGGGUAAAGGAGUGACAUCACUGAGCAGCGAGCUGCGGAGGGACGUCAGCGUGGACGAGGUCGUCCCGACGCUGCUCGACGCUUUCAGCCGUCAGUUUGACUGCUCGCUGACGGACUCACCGACCAAUCACACGACGCCUCCUUAGCCAACGAGCAUCAGAUCUACCUCGUCUUCAUCGUGUGUCGUUAAUGAACGAAGAUGAUGAUGAUGAACGGAUGAAUUAUUGAUAAUAAACUUUAUAUGAAAACAUUAAAACUGUUUGAAGUGAAAUCUAUAAAUA